AAGCAUGCUAGUUGUAGGGAUCAUAUCGUUCACUGAAGUUUAGUUGAAAUUGUUAGCAGAAUGCGUUAUGUAUAAAUACACGGAACAGCAUCAAGGCAGGUAGCCUUUGUUUAGUCUGUUUGCUAUCAAUCAACAAGUGCGCAUCGCUUGCGUUACACUCUCGUCUUACCGAUAGCCCAAUCGUAAUCAAACAAACAAAAAAAACCCCGAAAGCAGCUACACACAGCUACAUAAAUCGACAGAGAUGCAGUCCACUUGCGCACGUUACCACAGCCACCGUCAUCGCACAAUACAGCGGCUGGCAGCACUGUCAGCUGCUCUGACGGUUCUGCUUAUCGCCGGUUCCGUGCCUUCAACCGUGGCAGUAGCAACAUUCAAUCGCACCACCAGUCUGCAGACGGACGACCGUAACACCACACAAACGAUGCCGAACCUGUCGACGCACAUUCUCGACACUACGCGCGGUAAACCGGCGACGGAGGUGCCCGUAACGCUGUACUACCGUACCUCCAGCCAAUCCUGGACGAAGAUCAGCACGGGCAUUACCGACGGUGAUGGUCGCUUUCGGAAUUUCUUCACCGAGGGUCAAUCCGCCCUGGAGAAGGGUGUGUAUAAGCUACAUUUCGAUGUUGGACCAUACUUCAGAGGACGCAGUGUUGAAAGUCUCUAUCCCUUCAUCGAGAUCGUGUUCACCGUUGCCGAUCCCACACAGCACUAUCACAUACCUUUGUUGCUGAAUCCGUUCGGCUAUUCAACGUACCGUGGGUCGUAGGGAGCGAAUCGUACAAUAACCAAUAACCACAUUUUAAUAUUCCACUAAAACAUAAUGUUUAAUAAACGAUAGCAGGCGUAUUCCAGCCUCUACAACAACA